AUGGAUGGAAAAAGUAACUCCAAUUGGAUUGUUGAGGAUGAUGAUGAUGAUGUGACUGAUUCAAUAUCCAAUGAAUUUAUUACAGAAGAAUCAAUGUGUUCGUCUUUUUCUUCAUAUGAACAAUCAGAGCGCUUCAACCAUGUUCCUAAAAAGUAUCUUCCAAAAAAGAGAGGAUUGUCCAUGUUUUAUCAAGGGAAAGCACAGUCUUUUGGUUCUUUAGCAAGGGUGAAAAGCAUACAAGAUCUUCCUAAGAAAGAGAAACCAAAUUACAGAAAUAAAGUGAAAUCAUGCAACAACUUUGGUUUGAGCACUCCAAAGACAACAAUAACAAAGGAAUCUUCAAGAGGAUCUUGUUUAUCUAUGAUAUGUUCCAGCUUUUUUCUUUCAUGCACAAAAGGAGGAAAACUUUGA